AUGGUGAGGGUUGCGGUUCUCGCGGUUCUUAUGAUGCAGGCGCUUGCGGAUCAGGCCUGUCAAGAGGAGACUUGUCAGGAGGAGAGCUCGACUCUGAUGCAGCUCAAUCACCGAGAGAUGACGGGUGAUGAGGUCAAUGAGUUGAACGAGGGUCUUCCAUGGUGGGUCAAGAAGAAGAUCAUUGACUCACGUCGAGAGAGUCACCCAGCUCCUCCUCCCCCCCGGCGCCUCCACGCUAUCCUUGCUCCACCUCAGAGCCGCAGUCGCCACGCAACGUGA